AAGGUGGACGCUUUAAAACGCUAGCUGGCCAAUCAAGUCUUGACGUGACGUCACUGAUUCCUUUCAGACUGCCAAGCUCGCUUUACCGGGCAGUUUAUUCUAGGAAAGCAAACGCGCAGUAGUUAGUCGCGGAAGAACAGCGGUGGAUAGAGAAAUGGCGGGCAGAGAUGCGGCUUCCUCCGGCAGAAUAUCGGACCCAAGUGGCGCGGGAAGAGGGAGUUCGUUGGCACCGUCCAGUUCGGGGAAUGACCGGGACAUUACGGCGUCCAGCGCCACAGCCGUCGGUGCCACAGCUUCGUCAGGCACCGCAGCCCAUUCUUGCGUCGUCGCACGUUCACUGCCCUGCUCCACAACAGAGUGGACCCUCCUCGAGUUCGCCAGACACCUGCAUCGUGAAGUGCCGCUCCAUUUUGCGACCGAAGAAGCUGUUCUGGAGCUCCUCCGACCCGCAGAGAAGUUUUCCUCUUUGGGCGUGGACAUAUCGCGGCCAUGCACGCACCGACACCGUGGUCGUUGUUGGAUGCACCACUACCAGAAUGCUUGGAAUGAAUUCCUUAGCACUCAUGGUCAAGAGCUGCUCGAGAGUCCUACAGGCCUGAUCGUGCGGACGCUGCGUGUCCCAGGACGCGUCAAUGUCGACCCUGAGUGCACGUUGCUUUCUAUGUGCAUUGUCCUCUGGUUGCUCUACCAGCACCGUUGCAUCACGUCGGCCACCCUCAGCGCCGACGUCAUAGUUCCGCACCAUGUUUCCACUUUCUACAGGCUGCUGCGUUUCCACGAAGGCUACGUUAGCGUACAUGCGGACGAUGCAGAACCUGCAGGCGCUUGGAACUGUCACUUGUUUGAUGCUCUCCAUCGCACUAGCCACCUGCAGGUAUUCCACGUCUCAGCGCUGCGUCUUGGCGAACUAGAGUGCGACGGUCUUUGUGCUCUCCUCGGGAGGAAUCCGCACCUCUCCGUUCUGGUCUUUCGUAGAGUGACUGUCGACUCCACCGCUGCUGCUAACUUCUUCAAAGGGUUGACGGUCCUCAAGGCACUCGAACAACUCGAGUUCGAGGCGACAGCGGGUGAACAAAGCGAGUGUGACGUGAUCAUCACUAAGCUGCUUCAAACGACUGUGCGGUGGCUCAACCUAACUAUUGCGUGUAACAUGACAGAAUUUUUCGAGCAGCUUGCCCAUAAUCACAUGUUGCAGGAGCUAGAGUUAGGCCACCCAGUAUCACAAAUGGAAUCUUUUGUGUCGCUGGCAACGUCGCUUGCGGUAAACCGAAGCUUGAGGUGUCUCAAAGUGGCGGUCAAUAUGAAUCAUAGCACAGGUUACGAGGACUUCUGUGACGCACUUUCUAAACUUGUCAGGAACAAUAGAAGACUGGAAGUUUUGGACCUUUCGGGUUCUACGCUUCAUGGAGGCCAGGCCGCGAAAGCGCUCAGUGAUUCACUGCGUCAUAAUUACACACUCGAUAGGUUGUACUUGCACCACUGUGAUUUGACCUGCACCGACGUCCUUCUCAUACUGGACGGUCUAAAAGAGAACGUUUCUCUGAGGGAACUGUGCUUUGGUCUAGUGAGCGACACGCCAUCAGUACGAGCUUCUGUGUUUGAGAGCAUUGUGCGACAUGGUCUUGUCGACCGCGUGACCUUCGUGUGGAGAGACGACGAAAUUUCGCUUCUGGCCGAGCACCUCGAGAGCAGCCUUUCCCCGCGGAAGCUUUAUUUCAGCGCCGAAGACGCCUGGCCCGAAGAUGUCUGCAACUUCCUAAAAGUUCUGCCCGAGUUCCAUAGUACUCUGGACACCUUGUACAUUCACGCUCCGGGAGUGAUCACCACGGAUGGUGCCCGCAGCCUGUCUUCACUCUUCGAGCUCAGUACUGCACUUCACAAGGUAGCCGUAAUUUACGAAACAACUCAGGAGUCCUCGUUAACAUUACUCGAAGGCCUUGCGAGCUCCAACUGCAUCGCCUUCUUCGCGUUCGGGGGCUGGAACCUCGGAGGAAUGGUGUCCGUGGCAUUCCGCACUGCCCUAAUGAAUAACAUGAGCCUCCUGCAACUCAAUGUCCACUGGUCCGAUGGCGAACGCGUGCCCUCGGAGUUUGAAAACAUGUUUCCUGACGCAGUGUGUACCAGCAAGAGCCUUGUGACCGUGCGCCACUUCCGUGAUCGUGAAGAAGUGAAGGAGGACAUGACUGACGUCAUCGUACGGUCAACGCUGCGAACAAAUGAGAUGGCUCUGCGCGACGCACUGGACGUCAUCCUGCAGAAGAAACUGACAGCGCAGGCGUCGUAUGCAUACCACAGGUUGCGCUUCUGCGACGACCAGGGUUCCUGCUUUCCCAAUGUCGGUUGCACAUCGCGUCAGACCAACAGCCUCCUAGAAUUGUACCACUCGAUUAGGCACUCCCUACGCCGCUUGCGCCUACAGUACGACUCCGUGUCCGAGCCGAAUCCGGAACGCAAUUUACGCGCCGAGUUCGAAGAACUGUACCUGCAUUGCUUGAGCCAGGUUAAGAAGCGUGUGUGCGCUUCGACGACCCUUUAAAAUGAUUUUCCGUUUUUAAUUGCACAUUUUGUGUACGCGGUGAGACUGUCAUGCACUUUGCGCUCACUAAGGACUCUUAUAAAGAAGAUGUCUCCACA